AUGUCGCGAUCUUCUGGGGAGUUGGAGAAGGAUGUGGGGAGCGAGAAGGUGUUCGAGUAUGGAGGGGAAGAAUCUUUGACGCAGUAUCAACGGGAAGUACGAGAGGCGGCGGAACCGACUUUUGUUGCGCAGGACGAUUCUCCUAUUGACGAGGACGAACAUCACAAGCAAGAUGAUAGUAUUGGAGCGGAUCUGGAACAAGUCGCCUCGUCGAAGCCCUCCGUCAACAACAUCAAGUCCGUCCCCAAUGGCGGCCUCACAGCCUGGCUUCAAGUGCUGAUGUCCUUCUUUCUCUUCAUGAACACUUGGGGAAUCGUGAACACGUUUGGAACGUAUCAGACCUAUUACGAAACUGGUAUUCUCGCCUCAUCGUCCCCCUCAGAUAUCUCCUGGAUCGGCUCCCUCCAAGCGACCCUCCUCCUCCUCGUCGGCUCCCUGACAGGCCCCAUCUACGACGCAGGUUACGUCCGCGCCCUCGUCGCCACGGGGACCUUCCUCUGCGUCUUCGGCCAAAUGAUGCUCUCCCUCUCCACAACCUACUACCAAGUCCUCCUCUCGCAAGCCGUCUGCAUCGGCCUAGGAACAGGCACCAUGUUCAUCCCGGGCGUCGCCGUCCUCUCGACCUACUUCUCCACCCGCAUCGCCACGGCCGUCGGCAUCGCAGCAGCCGGCUCCUCCAUUGGCGGGAUUAUUUACCCGAUUGUUUUCCACAAUCUCCAGCAGUCCCUCGGCUUCCCCUGGGCGACCCGUAUCAUCGGUUUCAUCAUGCUUUGCACCCUCCUCAUCGCCAAUGCGGUCCUCCGAAUCCGCGUCCUCCCGGCCGGACGCCGCAAGAUCUUCGACUUGACCGCCUGGAAGGAGAUUCCUUACGUCUUCUUCGUCGUAGGGACGUUCGUUGGUUUCUUAGGACUUUACACGCCUUUCUUCUACAUCCAGUCGUACGCCCUCGCCAAGCACCUCACGGACGAGAAUCUGGCCUUCUACCUCCUCGCCAUCCUCAACGCAGCUUCCACCUUCGGCCGCGUGAUCCCGAACCUCAUAGCCGACAGAAUAGGCCCCUUCAACGUCAUCAUUCCCUGCACCCUGCUAACAGGCGUCCUCUGCCUCUGCCUCAUCCCCACAACCUCCAUCGGGCCCGUAAUCGCCAUCGCCGCUCUAUACGGCUUCUUCAGCGGCACAUUCGUCAGUCUCCCCGCGACAAUCUACGUGCACAUCACCAAAGACCGGGGCCUGAUCGGCACGAGGAUGGGGAUGGGGUUCGCGGUCACGUCGAUUGGGAUUCUGGUGGGGACGCCGAUUGACGGGGCGAUUCUGGAUGCGAGUGGCGGCUUUACGGAUGUGUGGGUUUUUGGAGGGGUGAUGACGGUUGUGGCGAGUGGGUUGAUUGCGGUGGCGAGGGUGAGUAAGGGGGGUUGGGGCUGGAGGACGUUUGUGUGA